UCGUCCAUAGAAAAUUCAUCAAUCCUUGAUAUGUUCAAUAUUUUGAUUUUCCCGCUAAUAAACAAGUCAUUUCAUUUCAUUGUUGUUAAUUCUUUCAAUUGGAAGCACACUGAAACAGUAACUCAGUAUCCCUUUAAUUCAAUCAGUCUUGAGUCUAGUAAUAUAUAUCUCCUGUGUUAUUAUAUAGUUUGCGUGUAAUCAUCGUUUAGAUCGAAUUUUGUGUAGUGCGUCAUAAAUAAAUCUAAUCAUGUCCAGUUUCAAAGAGAAUUGUGAAAAAUAUUUUGGCACCACGAAUUUUUAUGAAAUAUUGGAGGUACCUAAAGAUGCCUCACAAAAAGAUAUUAAGAAAGCUUAUCACAAACUGUCCCUGGUGGUUCAUCCUGACCGUGUAGACUCACCCCAAAAGCUGGUUGCUACUGAGAAAUUUAAAGUUCUUGGAAAAAUCCACUCAAUUCUUCAAGAUGAAAGCAAACGUAAAAUUUAUGAUGAUUGUGGUGAAUUUGACGAUGAGGGAGACACCGACUUCAACUGGAUGGAAUAUUGGAGGAGUCUCUUCAAAAAAAUAAGUCUCAAAGAUAUACAGAACUUCGAAAAUGAAUAUAAAGGUUCAGAAACUGAAGUGAGAGAUAUCAAGAAAGCAUAUGAGUCCUGUAAAGGUAACAUGACUAAAAUGAUGGAAUAUAUCCCAUUUUCUAACCCCGAGAGUGAGCCCAGAAUAAUUGAAGUAGUGAGAGGUUUGGUGGAUAAGGGGGAGGUUGAAGAAUAUGACGUGUUUUUCAAUGAACCUGCUAAGAAACGAAGGCUGAGGCAUAAGAAGUACCAAAAGGAAAAAGAGGAAGUUGAGAAAGAAUCAAGUGAAAACAAAGCAAGACGAGAACAGUUUUCAAAUUUAGAAAAAGAUUAUAUUGGGUCAGAGAGUGAAUAUGCAGAUAUUAAAAAUGCAUAUGAGUCUUGGAAGGGAAAUAUGACUAAAAUGAUGGAUUCUAUUCCUUUUGCUAAAAUUGAAAAUGAACCAAGAAUUAUUUCGGUAGUUCGAGGUAUGGUCGAAAGAAAGGAGGUGCCAAAGUAUGAUAUUUUUUUCAAUGAACCUCUUAAGGAAAGAAAAAAAAGGCAUCAAAAGUUCCAAAAGGAGAGAGAGGGAGUAGAAAGAAACUCCAUGGAAGAUCUGGAAACAGUUGCCAAUGAAAUCCAGCAGAGAGCAUCAUCGAGCUUUAUGAAUAUGAUAACAUCUCUCGAAUCUAAAUAUGGAAACAACAAACGGAAAUCUAUAACUACAGGCAAAAAUGCUUCCAAAAAAAGGAAGAUAUCAAAGAAAUAAAAUUUCUUUGAUAAUGGCUGUAUUAUUAAUUUAAGUCAGUGUUUUGAAAUUGUAAUACUUUGUUUUGAUAUUCCCCAAUAAAGAAUAUAAUGCUUGUUGUA